AAUGUUGAAACCUGGUGGCAACCAGAAGAAAAAGAUUGUAAGGACGACCAAGAGUGGGAAAAUAAUUGGUACAAUGAUACUGAGGAAUGUGAAGUGUUUAUGAUUAAAGUAGAGAAUAGCGACUCAGAAGAAGAAACCAUCAAGUUGGAACCGGAAGACUACUCACCUGCUCUUAGAUUUUUCAAUAAUGGAGUCCCUGGCCUUGGACUUCUUACCAGCCCAUUCCCUAACCCCAGAGAAAGUACAAGGAGAAGAUUCAUAAUUGAAGAAUACCGGAGGGAAUUAGAAUACCGAGAAUUAGUCUUAGAAGUGUUAGAGUCAGAUGAUGAAUCCACCCAAAGCAGAGAUAUGGUAACACCAAGCGAAACGGAGUCAGAAAAUGGUAAGGAAAAUGCUAACCCUAAAACUGACAAAGAAGGAGACGACGAAUUUUGGUACUGUCAUGAUGAUGACGAAACUGUAAUAACCCAAGAAGAAGAAGAUGGAUGCCGUGAAAUAAGUGAAGAAAAAGAAGUAUUUAUGAUAAAAAUGGAAAAUAAAGAUGAACAGAAGGAAGGUAUCGAAGUAGAAAACAUCUUACCAGGAUCUAGCGAACGGAUCCUAACGAAAUCAAUAGCCAAGCGUGGACCCAAAAAAGAUCUUUCAUGUGUACUUCCACCCAAUAGAACUCGAACACUUCACUCUGGAAAUAAUAAACAAAGGCAAGACCAUAUACUUGACAGAGCAAUUCGGAUACCAACUUAUGGCACACAUCCUGAGGAAUCUGUUGAUUUUAAAAGAAUAGAUCAUGGCUGGUGCCCAACAAGAGCUAGCACGAAGAGAGUAUUUAGUAGCAACCGGAAUCGACUUAGGUUGUAUAGAACAAAUAAACGUUAA